CUUAAGGAGGUAAACAUGGCCGCCAACUGCUACUGCUGCUGCUGUGUUAUUUUAGUUAAUUUUUGAGGUUGUUGGUGGGUAAUUAGACUCGGUUAAUGACCCAGGUGAGAGGUAACUACCACAGCUUUAUUUCUCAGGUUUGCAUUUUAAAUGGAGGUUAAAUCUAGUGAAAACCUCCAGUAUGGAGUUGAGACUAAUGUAGAAGAGGAAGUCGGAGUCGUGCAGUGUUCGGCCACGCCGCAGCCAACUCGACGACCCCUACAACAGAUACAUCUACCUGUGUCGUCUUCGCCGAUGUCGCAGUCAUCAGCAACGCCAUAUAAGUACCAUAAAUGUCAGAUGAUCCCAGAAGAGCAGGAGGGUCAGGAAAACCUAGACCCUCGGAAGAUACGUCAGCGGAGUAAGAAAUCACACCUGACCAAUAGCACCAGAUGUCUCUGCUGUAUUUCCAGCUGCAGCUGUAUUAUGAAUUUAACUUCAGCUACCUCCUCAGCAGGAAGUGAUCAUGAGCCAGCUGAAUCCACCAGGUUUCGAGGUACUUCCUCAGAUGAGACUGGGGAAUCUUCACCUUUUGCUUACCCUCUCAUAUGGGAGUCUCAGCAUGGAUCCACCUUGUCUUCAACACACAGCCCCUCGAGCCUCAAGAACACUCCUCCUUCAGAGGAGAGCCCCAAGAGCAACAUCGGUGGCAGAGGUCGUUAUCCCUGCACUGGAAAGGGAACACCAAAUACCGAAAAUAAUUUUCCAGAUGAGCCCAUUGUAGAGAGAGGUCCAGAUAAAGAAGGAAGCAGGGCUAAAAAGGUGAGGAACGGCAGCGGAUCUAGUGGAGAAAACUCAGUGAGCAAACAUCACAGUCACCAGUGCCUGAAUAUCACACCUUCCAAGUCUUCGCUGACUCCGUCUCCCUCCGAUCGAUCAGUAUUCCGUACUCCUUCAGAGAGAUUUUCUAGCACCAAGUCUAAUGAAUGCAGAGGACCACAGACACCGCAGCAAAGACGUAUCCUUAACCAUCACAGCAUAAACCCAUUUGAAGUUGGAGCGGAGUGUCUGCAGCUGCCAACUGUGAGCCCUUCGCUCUUCCGCCACGUUGUGUCUCCCAGUCAGAAAGUUGAUGGCAAGUUUCGUUGGUCUAUUGAUCAACUGGCUCUCUUACACCCAGUAAACAUUGAAACAUCUCCCUUCAACCAGGCAGACGUGGUUAUUGAUCCUGACUAUGAACGUCAAGCACAGGAUGCCAUUGACAAAUUCUUCACCCAUCAUACAGUAGCAUCCAGUCCUUGGACUGGUAGUGAAAAAGCGGUGAACCUCCUGCGGAUGCUGUGCACUCCAGUACAGUCUGCUGCUAGUCAUCCCGUCUCGCACACUAACACUGUUUGGUGUCAGACGGAAUUAUCGCUGCCGCCUGUGUUGCCCGAGGCUGUGGAAGAAGCUCUCAGGCCGUUCUGUACCUUCACACAGGAGCAAUGGUGGCAAGGCAGUACAGAGAACGACGAAGGAACGAAUAUAAACAACACGACUCUGAGACGUAAGCUACUCUUCAGCCACGACGAACUCCUUAAUGUUACACCGAUGUGUAGUCCAGGUGGCGGUGAUGCUUCUGGCGUUGGGAGUCCUCCUUCAUCCGUGGACCCCCUGCCCUUACACAGAGAUGACCAGAGUCCAGAAAGAGUCCAUGUUGACGAUGACAAGGGCCUAAUGUGGUGUACUGCAGUGGUUGCCCCAGACUUCAUUGGUAGUUCCAGGAAGGAUCCUCAGUUGGCCAGACAUCCUCCACCAUCACCAUCGGUGUGUUCUCCUCCAACUCUCAUGCAGCGAGUUAGCCCGUCGUAUAUUGCUGCUCUCUUGCCUGGGGAUACUGAUGGUGCUUUACAGCUCUUAUCACCAGAUCUGUCUCCCAUAGAAGGUCAUGAAAAUUCCAUGGCCUCUAAGCACCCAAGAUUACAUCCAUCACCAGAUGUCUCACCCAUUCAUGUUGUUCAUCAUGGCUCUGAUUCAGGCCAUGAAAACGUGUGUUCAUCAAGCUCCUCAUUUCUUAACCCAGUUCUUCAUGGACAUUCUCAGGCUAUAAACCAGAUACCUAACAUGUCUCCCACACAUUUAUCCACAGAAUUACAAGUCUCGCCAAGUAAGGCUGGAAAACAUUUCUCACCUGUUGAUAAACCUUUCCCGAAUGUUUUAACAACCGAUGUUUCUUUACUUGGAAAUGAUAAACUACUACACAAGGAACCACAAAAAUCACCAAUUACCGGAACGCUCGCUUCUCUACAACAUCCGUGCCAUCAGAAACCUUGUACAGUUAGUGAACUUGAGACAAAUGAUGUAGAAACCCAAGCAAGUAAAGAAGACACUGGCAUGUUAGAUUUAAACAGAAAGGGACCAGAGUCUGAACUGGAGGUAGUUACUUGCAGUAGUCAAGAUGCCUUAUUGAAGUCUCCAGGGUCACUAAUAUGCAAAGAGAAUUUUAAUCCUGCCACUGAAGCAGAUUUCACAAAUGCCAUUCAAGACAGUGCAGUAAUGUCAAUGAAUAAAAAAUGUGAUAAUUUGGAAAGGUGCUCACCUGAAAGGCUUCAGAAAAGUGGAGAAGCCUUAGAUGUGACUAUGGGAUUCACCAUCUCUGAGGAGAAUGCUGCAGAUCCUCAGGAAACCUCAGGAAAAACUUCUCCGGUGGCAGAGCUCAGAACAUCCAGCAACUCGGGUCAUUUUUCAUCUAGUCCAAUACGAGGUGCUUGUCAAAGCCCCUUAGAGGUGGAAACACCUAACAGAAGAUUCUCCGAUUCUCCGCCGCUCUCCCCCAUCCUGUGUCGCUCCUUGAUGUUCCAAGGUCACAGCGCUCGUCCAGUGUCUCCCAGAAAGCUUCAGCACGACCAUCCCACGAAGAGAGAUACUCUUGGCGUUUUACAGUCGACAUUUUUCUGUGAUGACACAGGGACAAAUUGUACCGAUGAACUGAUGGAUGAUGGUCACAGUGAUGCCGCAGCAGUUGAACAACGCCUGAACCCCAUCAUCCUUGCUCGUCUCUCUAGCCGUGUUCCGCUCGUACGCUCAUCCUCCAUCUGUGACAUGGAGACUGAUUCUCAGCCUUCUAUUGAGAUUAAUGGAAAUGAAGAGGGUCAGUUGCAAGAUACAGGCUAUCAAACUGGUAGCUUGCACACCACCAACUUCAACAUGACAACCUAUAACCAAGAUAAUAACUAUUCAUCUAACACAAUACCACCACCCCAGACAGAACACCUUGGUAGAUUUGUCAAUAGUUCUUAUAUCCAGGGCAACAGUGCUAUUACAAAGAUUAGUAGAAAUGGAUACACUGUUACCUUGGGUAAGAACAUUUCUCAGUGAACAGAAACUAUUGUAAAUUUAAGUCAAGUGUACAAGAAAGUAUUAUACAGAGAUGUGUGUCAGGGAGUAUAAUUAUCAGGUCUCAUAUGUAUAAAGCCAGUAAAUGCCUGAGAGUAAUUAAACAUGAUUUUAUUAAUUUUUUUAUUAACACACUGGCCGAUUCCCACCAAGGCAGGGUGGCCCAAAAAAGAAAAACUUUCACCAUCAUUCACUCCAUCACUGUCUUGCCAGAAGGGUGCUUUACACUACAGUUUUUAAACUGCAAAUUUAACACCCCUCCUUCAGAGUGCAGGCACUGUACUUCCCAUCUCCAGGACUCAAGUCCGGCAUGCCGGACUUGAAGGAACACUGCAGCAGGUCUACUGGCCCAUGUGAGGCAGAUCCAAGUCUCCUACCGGCUUAAGCCACUGACCCAACCUAGUCAGGGCACAUCAGAAGUCACAUCUGAAUUACACAACAUUCAGAAAGAAGGUUGUUGUUUAACAUAUUCCUUACUAAGAGCGAUCUUAAGAAGAAAAUUUCGACUUCUUUGUAGUAAACGAAUAUAAGAAAUGUGAGUACAACCUCUUGUUUCCGUGAUAAUGUAAUAAUUAUUUUUUAAGACCGGCCAUUACCCACCAAGACAGGGUGACCCAAAAAAAGAAGAAAUGCUUUUUAUAUAAUGAUGUAGACACUAAUAUCUGUACUCGGCUUUUUCUUAUAGUAAAGAGAAAGUGUGUAAGAGAUUUCUCAUAAGUCCCAUAAUGUAGAAGUGUGUGUCGAGUGCACUCACUGUUGCUCACUAUAAUUCUCACAACCAUACCAGUAUUCUUCAUUUACUACACCUACCAUCCGACUUACGACCUGCUCGACUUAUGACCACUCGACUUACGACCGUGUUUUUUAUGCCAAAUUUCUGGGAAAUAAACAAGUGUUUGUGUUGUA